CUGGACUGGAUCACAGUCCAAAUCUUCGAACGCUCCACCUUCCUCUACUGUUGACAAAACUGAAGUGAUUUCAAUACCUUCCUGCAUUCUUUCAUUCCCAUCAUUUCCAAUGGAACCAAACAAACAAGACUCACCGCCACCGGGGGAGUCCCAACCAACUCCUCCCACCGCCACUCACUGCUGCAUCAACUGCGGCGGCCCCACCGUUUUCCCACCCGAACCACCAUCCCGCUCCGACAUCUCCCCCCCCCCCUCUUACCGCCCCAUCCGCUCCCCCGCCGUCAACCUCCUUCCAAACCACCUCACCCCCCAACAAUCCAUCAUCCUCGCCCCCAUCCCCAAAUCCCAAAAAGUCCCCGCCCUCUCCCCCCCUUUCUCCUUCCAAACCCCGCCCGCCAAGCGCAUCCACUCCCCCGACGACCUCCGCCGCUUCCACGACUCCCUGACCGCGGUUAACUUUCUCGGCUUUGUCGUCGCCCUCUCCGAUUCCGUCUGCGGCCAAAAGGUCUCCGAUCCCUGCCCCACCGUCUCCCCCACCGUCUCCGCCCUCGUCUCCGUCCUCCAAACCCUAAUCCAGUUCGUCGACGACAUCCCCCCCGUCGGCCAGUCCUCCCGGUACGGAAACCUCUCCUACCGUACCUGGCACUCCAGGAUGGUCCAGAACGCCGAAACCCUCAUGCAUCGCUUCAUCACGCUUCAGGACGAUGAGGAUGCGUACCGGCCCGCCGCGGCCGAGAUCAUUCCUUACUUCACUGAUAGCUUCGGGAACGAGAGCCGUAUCGAUUACGGUACCGGCCACGAGACCAAUUUCGCUGCCUGGUUGUAUUGCCUUGCCAGGUUAGGGUUAAUCAAGGAGGAAGACUACCAGGCGGUGGUAACUAAGGUUUUUGUCAAGUACCUGGACUUGAUGAGGAAACUGCAGUUGGUUUACUGCCUUGAGCCGGCUGGGUCCCACGGGGUUUGGGGCUUGGACGACUACCACUUCCUGCCCUUCGUUUUUGGGUCGUCGCAGUUGAUUGAUCACAAGUACAUGAAGCCGAAGUCGAUCCACAACGAGGAUAUACUUGAGAGCUUCUCGAACGAGUACCUUUAUCUCUCGUGCGUCGCGUUCGUGAAGAAGGUGAAGAAAGGACCCUUUGCUGAGCACUCCCCCAUGUUGAAUGAUAUCAGCGGCGUGCCCAAUUGGAACAAGGUCAAUACUGGGUUGCUUAAGAUGUAUAAGGCUGAGGUGUUGGGGAAGGUCCCUAUCAUGCAGCAUUUCCUAUUUGGUUCGCUCAUCCCAUGGGACAAUGGUUUAUGAGCCUUGUUUACUCAAACCCUGGAUGAUAAGUAGAAGGCAUUUUGCUUAUGACAGAAAAUGUAUACUGCUGGUAGUAUGAACUCAUCUCUCUCUCUCUCUCUCUCUCUCUCUCUCUCUCUCUCUCUUCUUGUCAAGUCGACUCUACCUGUAUUUAGCUAUAUGCAGGAACCUUUUUUUGUAGCUGUAUUUACUUGUUCUGGACAUGUAAUAUUGAUUUAACUUUUUUCAAAUUUCCCAAAUUCAGUUGGAAUAUUGAGUUUCUUAUUUUUGUUA